AUGGAGGACUCGACUACAACGGCCUCCUUUGACGUUGUCAUUGUUGGCGCGGGAAUGUCCGGCAUCAACGCUGCCUAUCGAGUGCAGAAUGAGACAUCCGCGGGCGCGAACUAUGUUAUUCUGGAGAGCCGAGACGCUCUUGGGGGGACAUGGGAUCUCUUUCGAUACCCGGGCCUUCGCUCCGACUCCGACAUGUUCACUUUCGGGCUGCCCUGGCAUCCAUGGAGCCAGGCCCGGUCAAUGGCCAGCGGGCAGGACAUCAAGAACUACAUGAACGAAGCUGCCCAGAAAACAGGGAUAGCUAGCAAAAUCCGCUAUGGCCACACCGUCACAGCGGCCAGCUGGAAAUCAAAGACGAUGUGUUGGGAGUUGGAAGUCUCUGUGGCUGGCAAAGACGAUCCAAUUGUCUUCAAGACCAAGUUCGCGCUUCUGGGGACUGGCUACUACGAUUAUAGCAUACCUCUUCAGGCGCAGAUUCCUGGGAUCGAGAACUUUGGGGGUAAAGUCAUCCACCCGCAGUUCUGGCCCAAAGACUACGACUAUUCUGGCAAAAAUAUCGUCAUCAUCGGGAGCGGAGCCACGGCCGUGACACUUGUUCCGUCUGUUGCAGACAAGGCAGAGCGAGUCACAAUGCUUCAGAGAAGCCCGACUUAUAUCCUACCAUUAUCAGACACGCACUUCAUUAUAAGUCUUCUCUUCACUGUUCUACCCCAGAGAGUCGCGUCAUCUAUUUUGUGGUUCGUGUACCUCUUGGGCAGUGUUCUCUCCAAUCUCAUUUGCGAGCUAUCACCCGGACUUGCUAAGCUUUUCAUCAAAGCCGUCACACUCCGACAGCUGCCACCGGAAAUCAAAUGGGAUCCGCACUUCAAACCUCGUUACAACCCGUGGGAGCAGCGAUUCUGUGCUUGUAGAAAUGGGGACUUCUUCACCGCGCUUCGAUCAGGGAAAGCAGACGUGGUCUCGGACAGAAUAAAAGAAAUCACAAAAGAUUCGAUCGAACUAGAGUCAGGGACAUCCCUCCAACCAGAUGUCAUCGUCACCGCCACGGGGCUCAAACUCAAGUUUGGCGGCGGCAUUCGAUUUUCUAUCGACGGGCAGCCCUGCAGUUUAAACGAAAAGUUCGCCUGGAAAGCUGUCAUGGUACAAGAUGUGCCCAACGUGUUUUUCCUUACGGAAUUCCAGAAUGCCUCGUGGACUUUAGGCGCCGACAUAUCUGUUCGGAUAUUUGUACGCCUCAGGCGCAUAAUGGAGAGGCGGAAUGCUCGCGCCAUUGUGCCUCGAGUGGCGGAUGAGGCCAUGAAAGAGCAACCGAUGAUGAGCUUAUCCUCGACGUAUGUGAAACCGAUCCGCCAAGUCUUCCCCAAAGCGGGAACAGGAAUAUGGGCUCCGAAAACGAAUUACUACGUAGACAUGUGGCGGGCGAAACGGGGGGAUGUUACGACUGAUUUGGAGUUCAUAUAA